UUCUCUGUGAUCCAGCUUCAGCUGACUUGUUUGGGGAGGUGGACUGGUUCUGCUGCUGAGGUGAUGAGUGUCCUGUCAUUCCUGUCAGUGAGCAUGUCAGCCAACAUGUUUCUGAUUGUCCUCUUUGUGCCAGGGGCUCGGACUUGGUGUCGUGAACGGUCAGGUCUCUUCAUCACUUCACCUCAGAGGAUGGAGGCUCUGAAUGGAUCUUGUUUGCUGAUCCCGUGUAACUUCAGCGCUAGAUAUAGAGAAGGGAUUGAAAAUCAGUUUGUCAGCACAAGAGAAACAUUUGGACUGUGGUUCAAAGAAAACCAAAUUACAUACAAUCCAAGAAAUGUGGUUUAUAACAGUAGUGGGACAGUUCUCAAAUAUCCAAUCAGCAUAACUGGAGACCUGAAGGAGAAAAACUGCACCACUCUGUUCUCCAACAUCAAUGCAACAUUUAAAGGCAUUUACUACUUCAGAAUCAUGAACUGGCCAUUCAGGUCAACAGCUGCCUGUGACCCUCUGAACAUAACAGUGAGAGAUUCUCCUCCAAGCCCCAGAAUAGAGAUCUCAGGAGACCUGAAGGAGGAGGAGUCUGUCACUAUAACCUGCUCAGCUCUCACUCCCUGUCCACACUCUCCUCCUAAACUCACCUGGAGUCUCCAAAGAGACUCUCUCAACAACAUGGAGGAAAACACAGAUGGAACCUUUACAACUCAAAUCCAGGAGAGCAUCACUCUGUCAGAGCACCAUGAUGGAUACAACAUCACCUGUUCUGCCACAUAUCCUGUGAAUGAAGGCAGAGAUGUGAGGACAGCAGAGGAGACAAAGACUCUCAGUGUUUCAUACUCUCCCAGGAACACCUCGGUGUUGAUCUCUCCCUCUGAUCCGGUGUCAGCUGGCAGCACGGUGAACCUGACUUGCUCAUGCAGAGGAAACCCUCCUGUCGUCCACUUUGUCUGGUACAGGAUCAGUGAUGGCAGGCUGGAACUGAUCAAAGUGGAUUCACAGGUUUAUGUCCUUAAGGUGACCAGCAGUGAUCGAGGGAGAUCCUUCCUCUGUGGAUGCAGAAAUGAUCGAGACAUUCAACUAUCAACAGGACUCCAGCUGAUAUUUGAAGGUGAUCACUCGUCUGAACCUGUUGGCCUUGAAGUGGUUUUGAAGAUCCUGGGAAUCCUGUUGCUUGUCAGUACACUGAUCAUCUUUGAGUGGUGGUUUCGAUCAAGACGCUCCAUGAAACCAGUGAAGGACGCAGAGGAAGCUGACUAUGUCAACACAGCGGCUGAGUUUCCAUCAUCACAGCAGGGAGUACUGACUUCACAAGCUGCUUCAGGGAGACCUAUCUGACAAACCCAAAUAACAAUGACAUGAUUUGAAUAAAUUGUAGACUAUAUGUCCAUUAUCAGCGUUUUAUAGACCAUGCAGAGGCCACAGUCCAUAAAGUCCUGAUUAUGAGUGCCUCUAAUACUAUCUGAUGUGUUUUACAGAGGAAAUAUAAAGUGUUAAACAAGCUGUCACUCAGUUUCCAAAGAAACUCUUCAAAGUCUUGUCACCUUUAUACAGCACAUUCACACUGAUGUUACUUAUUGGGCCAUGGGGGGCUGUUUGUUGUGCACACUGAAAGUAACUUAAA